AUGUGUAGAAAGGGACCACCACCCCGGUCUCAGAGGGACCACCACCCCGGUCUCAGGGGGACUCCACCCCGGUCUCAGGGGGACCCCACCCCAGUCUCAGAGGGACCACACCACGGUUUCAGAGGGACCCCACCCCAGUCUCAGAGGGACCCCACCACGGUCUCAGAGGGACCACCACCCCAGUCUCAGGGGGACUCCACCCCGGUCUCAGAGGGACCCCACCCCAGUCUCAGAGGGACCACACCACGGUUUCAGAGGGACCCCACCCCGGUCUCAGGGGGACUCCACCCCGGUCUCAGAGGGACCCCACCCCAGUCUCAGAGGGACCCCACCACGGUCUCAGAGGGACCCCACCACGCUCGGCUCGGCUCGGCUCGGAUGACACUCGCUCUGAUCCCAGAAGGAAAAGGAAAAGGAAAGAUACCGUCGUGUGGAGUGGACUGUGACGACCUGCGAACGCUGUCGCUGUGA